AUGACACUAAGAUUAAUUGAGAAAGAAAAGGAUCAUUGGAAAAAUGUUUUAAAAAGAGUUAUUUCAAUAGUGAAAUUUCUUGCUAAACAUAAUUUGGCCUUUCGUGGUUCUAAGGAAAAAUUGUAUGAAGAUAGCAACGGUAAUUUUUUGGGUUUGAUUGAAAUGUUAACAGAAUUUGACCCAAUUAUCCAAGAACAUGUUAGACGUGUUACAACUCAAAAAGUUCACACUCAUUAUCUUGGACAUAAAAUACAAAAUGAGUUGAUUUUAUUACUUGGUUAUGCAAUUAAAACUGAAAUCAUUAGAAAAAUCAAACAAGCUAAGUAUUUCUCAGUAAUACUUGAUUGUACUCCGGAUGUUAGUCACCAGGAGCAAAUGUCUCUGAUAAUUAGAUAUGUGGAUGUGUCUUCAACUUCUAUUAGCAUUGAGGAAUCAUUUUUAGAAUUUUUGAAUGUGAAUGAUACAACUGGCCAAAGGCUUUUUGAUGUUUUACAAAAUGAAUUGAAAGAACUUGGUCUCGACCUAUUUGAUGUGAGAGGACAAGGUUAUGAUAAUGGGUCAAAUAUGAAAGGAAAGCAUCAAGGUGUACAAAAGAGAUUUUUAGACAUAAAUCCAAGAGCCUUUUAUACUCCUUGUGGUUGUCAUAGUCUUAAUUUGGCAUUGUGUGAUCUGGCUAACUCUUGUAAUAAAGCUAGGAAUUUUUUUGGAGUUGUUCAACGUAUUUAUACAAUUUUUGCCAAUUCAACUAAGAGAUGGAAAAUUUUGAAAGAUAAUGUAAAAGGGUUGACUCCAAAAGCAUUGUCAUCCACUCGUUGGAAGAGUCGUGUAGAAAGUGUCAAAGCUAUAAGAACUCAAAUGUCAGAUUUUAGAGAAGCUUUACUUGAAGUGUUAGAAAAUGAUCUCGAUCCUAAAAUACAAAAUGAAGCUAAAUCCUUAGCAACAAAUGAGCUUGGAUAUAGAGAAACAGGUUUUAAUAAGGCACUGGUUAAUGCUAAGGAAGUUGCGGUUGAAUUGAAUAUCGCUCUAAUAUUUCCUCAAAGGCGUAUAAUUAAAAGAAAAAGACAGUUUGAUGAGAAUUUGAAUACUCCAGCAGUCAAGUUAUCUGAAGAGGAAUCUUUCAGGGUUAAUUAUUUUCCUUACCUUGUUGAUCAAGCUCUUGUUUCUCUUAAUAAGAGAUUUGAGCAAUACCAAGAGUAUGAAAGUAUUUUUGGUUUCUUGUUUACCUCACACAAGUUACAAUCAUUGGAUGAUGCAACUUUGAAGUCUUGUUAUAGUAACUUUGAACGGGUAUUGGAAUAUAAUGAGCAAUUUGAUAUUGAUGGGAAUGAAUUUUUUGAGGAGUUGAAGUUACUAAGAGGAAUGUUGUCUGAAGAAAUCAUAAAACCUACUGAUAUAUUAUUAUUUUCAAAAGGAUUGGAUUGUUUUCCUAAUACAGUUAUUGCAUAUAGAAUUUUGUUGACUAUUCCUGUGACUAUUGCUUCUGCAGAAAGAAGUUUUUCAAAAUUAAAGUUGUUAAAGACUUAUCUGCGGUCUACCAUGUCACAAGAAAGACUUAAUAGAUUGACAUUGAUAGCAGUUGAAAAUGAUAUUUUGGAGAUGAUAAAAUAUGAAGAUUUGGUUGAUGAAUUUGCUUCAAAAAGUGUUCGGAGGAAGGCUAUUUUUAAGUAG